UGGACAUCUAGUUGUUAUUACUUAAUAAGAAGAAGAUUGUUGCUUAUUAGAAACAAGCUGGAAUAGGAAUAAAGAGCGAAAGGGGAAGCGUUGCCAACGUUUUUGUCAAGCGAUUACGUGUAUCCGAUCCGAUUCCGAUUCCGAAUCUUCAUCGGUCCAAAUCCAUCGGUUGUUUCUCCGGCGAGAUCUGGUGCCGGACACUAUUCCUACACGUAAGUUGAAUCGAUUUGGACGGUUUCGGAGCGGAACCGGAGAGAUCCGAGUAUCAAAUCAUGUCGUACGCUUACCUCUUCAAGUACAUAAUCAUCGGAGAUACCGGGGUUGGAAAAUCAUGUCUUCUCCUUCAGUUUACCGACAAGAGGUUUCAGCCUGUGCAUGACCUGACCAUUGGUGUUGAAUUUGGGGCCAGAAUGGUGACGAUUGAUAACAAACCAAUAAAGCUGCAGAUUUGGGACACGGCCGGUCAAGAAUCAUUCAGAUCCAUUACAAGGUCAUAUUACAGAGGGGCAGCUGGUGCACUACUAGUGUAUGAUAUCACAAGGAGGGAAACUUUCAAUCAUCUUGCAAGCUGGUUGGAGGACGCUAGGCAGCAUGCAAAUGCGAACAUGACAAUCAUGCUUAUUGGGAACAAGUGUGAUCUUGCUCACAGAAGGGCUGUUAGCACAGAGGAAGGCGAGCAGUUUGCCAAGGAACAUGGCUUGAUCUUCAUGGAAGCUUCAGCAAAAACUGCUCAGAAUGUCGAGGAGGCAUUUAUACGCACAGCUUCAACCAUAUAUAAGAAGAUUCAGGAUGGAGUUUUUGAUGUAUCAAAUGAGUCUUAUGGCAUAAAAGUCGGGUAUGGCGGCAUUCCAGGGCCAUCGGGCGGUAGAGAUGCCUCCGCUGCUCCUGGGGGGGCCUGUUGCGGUUGAAAAUUUGAACUUCACAUAAUCUGCGAUUUGCCCGUCCAGUGGAGCAUUUAUAGGUUUCGAUGUUCAUUCGACGAUCCAGAGCAAUCAAAUGUGUGAAAAUAUCAGCAGUAAUUUAAAAACAAAAAAAAUAGAUAUAUAUAUCCCCAUGUGUUUCUCCCCUUAAUUCUUUUCAUGAUUUGUGUAAAUUUGGCAGCUACUCUCUCUCCCUUUCUCUCUCUUUUUUUAACUUUCAGUUUCCAGAACUAUAAAGUAUUUGAUUUAUCUUUGUGUAGAA